AUGGUGAAGAGACUGAACCGGAUCCGCUGGGAGAUGCGGAUCCGGCGCAGACCUCUAAAGACAGCGGGCCAGAAAACAGAAGCCGAGCGCUACUUCCUCAAGGCCAUUCAGCUGGAUCCCACGAAGGGCAACUGCUACAUGCAUUACGGUCAGUUUUUGUUGGAGGAGUCUCGGGUGCUGGAGGCAGCAGAGAUGGCCAAGAAAGCAGCACAACUCGACAGUGGAGAGUUUGAUGUGGUCUUCAGCGCUGCCCAUAUGCUCAGGGCAUCAGCAGUUGAGCAUUCUGGGAGAGGGUACAAGCUCUUGUCCACAAUACACCUUGCUGUGUCCAUGAGGAGGUUGUGGGAAAAGUUGAGUAAGUGCCACCUGAAUGGAUCCACUGAAGCACGGUUUUGUCAUUCACUGGUUUUGAAGAAUAGGAGGAGGUCUAAAGGAGAGAGCACUAAUGAUGUGGUGGGCAUUCCUCUGGAACAAAUAAAAUAGCCCAUGGUAUGGACCAAGAACCAGCCGAUUGCAGUUAUUAAAAGAGAUCGACAAUUAAUGAUUCAAUUAUGCUAAUGGAGUCACGCUGCCGGUCUGCUGUCCCUCCUACAAAGUAUUAAUCCUGAUGAAGAAUGGCAAAAUGAAAGCCUCCGUACACUCAUCAUGGGGAAAAAUGCUGCUCAUCAAAGUGUGCGCUCACCAAGUCAGAGGAUGAUGCUUUGAUCCUAUCUCUGUGCCUGCAGUGACUAAAUCCGUGGAACUAAAUUAGCUGAGAAAUGCUUAA